GUCAGAGUUAGGACCGACCCGAGCAGCCCUGAACUGAAGUAGACUUCCUGAACAGACGCACCACCGCACCGGAACUCUCAAAAGCGGAAGCCGCAGCCGGAAUCUCUCUCGCCGGCGUCGACACGUACCAGGACCAGCCAUGGCCCGCUACGACCGCGCGAUCACCGUCUUCUCCCCCGACGGCCACCUCUUCCAGGUGGAGUACGCCCUCGAGGCCGUCCGCAAGGGCAACGCCGCCGUCGGCGUCCGCGGCGUCGACACCGUCGUCCUCGGCGUCGAGAAGAAGUCCACCCCUAAGCUCCAGGACUCCAGGUCCGUGCGCAAGAUCGCGAGCCUGGACUCCCACGUCGCGCUGGCCUGCGCGGGGCUCAAGGCGGACGCGCGCGUGCUCAUCAACCGGGCGCGCGUCGAGUGCCAGAGCCACCGCCUCACCGUCGAGGACCCCGUCACCGUCGAGUACAUCACGCGCUACAUCGCCGGCCUGCAGCAGAAGUACACGCAGAGCGGCGGGGUGCGGCCCUUCGGCCUCUCCACGCUCAUCGUCGGCUUCGAUCCGUACACAGAGAAGCCGGCGCUGUACCAGACCGACCCCUCCGGCACCUUCUCCGCCUGGAAGGCCAACGCCACCGGCCGGAACUCCAACUCCAUGCGCGAGUUCCUUGAGAAGAAUUACAAGGAGACGUCCGGCAAGGAGACCAUCAAGCUUACCAUCCGAGCCCUGCUUGAGGUUGUUGAGAGUGGUGGCAAGAACAUAGAGAUUGCAGUGAUGACACAUAGAGAUGGCCUCCGCAACCUCGAAGAGGCUGAGAUCGAUGAGUACGUCGCUGAGAUCGAAGCUGAGAAGGCCGCCGCCGAGGCUGCAAAGAAGGGUGGCCCCAAAGACACCUAAUGUAAUCAUGAUUCAUCACGGUUGCAGCACAUUGCUCCUCUAGCCUGGUUUUAUGUUCCAUAGCCAGCUUGUUGUUUUACUUGUUUCAGAGGAAUGCAUAAUUGUUUGGUCAAUUGGUUGGUUAUUUGUUCCUUAUUUUUUA